AUGUGUAGCAAACAAUCAGAUGUAUGUCGAUACAGAUGUUUGAAGACAUUUUUAAUUGUCUCUAAUUCAUUAAAUUUAGUACUUGGUAUAUGUUUAAUUGUGAUGGGCAGUUAUGUACAUCUAUUUCUUAGUACAUUCUUACGUAAUUUACCAGUUCAUAUGUUAUCAUUAACAUUUAUUAUGAUGGCACUUGGAUGUCUUCUAUUUUCACUUGGUAGUAUUGGCAUAUUAUUUGUUUUAACUGGACGUCGAAAAAUCAAUGCAAUUUAUACAGUACUGUUGAUAGUAGCUGUUUCAAUAGGUAUUGUUGUCAUUGUAACGACAUGCAUGUUACGUGAAAAGAUGGGUAUGAUGUUUCGAAAUAUUAUCAAAGAUUCUAUCAAGCAUUAUAUGAGAAAAAAUAGUUAUGCAGCAUUUGUGAACACAAUACAAUUACAGCAUAAAUGUUGUGGUGCAGAUUCAGUCAUGGAUUACACUGUGAGUAAUCUCUCAGUACCAGUUUCAUGUUAUCCUGACAAAGGCACAACACCGCAUAGUGAAGGUUGUGCAGAAAUACUUAACGCAAUUGUCCAACGUUAUUUAACUUACAUUAUUUCAUUACUGUCCGCUGUUUUACCAAUGGAAAUAGCUUCAAUGGUUUGUGGUAUACUUAUGUUAAACAAAGUGAAAUCUAUCCCAUGGAAAACAAGAUUUGCUCAUUGUUAA